CCAAGUCCCGGCCACGCCCAGGCCACGCCCCCUACUCCAGCCGCAACCCGCGCGCGCCCCCUCUCGGCCAGCUAGGGGAAGCGGACUGCCCGCCUGGGCUGCCGAGGGCGGGGGCGCGGGGCUCCCGGCUCCGGGCCGGCGCCAUGGGGAACAAGCAGACCAUCUUCACCGAAGAGCAGCUGGACAACUACCAGGGCUCUGAGGAAGUGGUGUGGGAGCCCGGGCCCACUGUGUGUGUUUUCCCUCCACAGGACUGCACCUUCUUCAAUAAGAAGGACAUCCUCAAGCUGCACGCACGGUUCUACGAGCUGGCCCCCAACCUGGUGCCCAUGGACUACAGGAAGAGCCCCAUCGUCCAUGUGCCCAUGAGCCUGAUCAUCCAGAUGCCAGAGCUCCGGGAGAACCCUUUCAAGGAGAGGAUCGUGGAGGCCUUCUCCGAGGAUGGCGAGGGGAACCUCACCUUCAACGACUUUGUGGACAUGUUCUCUGUGCUCUGUGAGUCAGCGCCCCGGGAGCUGAAGGCCAACUACGCCUUUAAGAUCUACGACUUCAACACCGACAACUUCAUCUGCAAGGAGGACCUGGAGCUGACGCUGGCCCGGCUCACCAAGUCGGAGCUGGAUGAGGAUGAGGUGGUGCUCGUGUGUGACAAGGUCAUCGAGGAGGCCGACCUAGAUGGUGAUGGCAAGUUGGGUUUUGCUGACUUUGAGGACAUGAUCGCCAAGGCCCCUGACUUCCUCAGCACUUUCCACAUCCGGAUCUGAGGACCCUGUGAGAACCUGGAAGCCCACCGUCUUCAAUGCGGUCUGCAGUGCUGUGGCCCCGGCCACCCAGGAGAGGAGUUAUGGCCCUGGGUUUACACCAUCAACAGCAAAAAACAACCUUAACCAGGGAAGAGGGUGUGAGGUGGUCUAGCCCAGGGCCCCUAGACCCUCUGUGGGUCUCUUGUCCCCCUGAGAGGGGAAGGCAGGAAACCCAAGUGGAGGUGAUGGGGGUCUCACUUGUCUGUGUGCUAGGCAGACCCCCUGCCCAGUUGCCAAGUGAUAAGCAGGGAAAAAAAAGAGGUCAGGGUUUUAACAAGCUAUGCAAUUUUCCCCCAAAUCCCAGGCUGCACCCUGCCACCCUGCCACCCUUCCCAAGGCAAAGGGGUGUGAGCAGUGGUCUAAAGGGCUCCAUCCUUGUCUCUGCCUGGUGUGUGAGCUCCUCCCAGGCCACCUUGGCUGGUGUGUGCUGACCACAGAUUUAUGAACUCCUGUAGUAAACACUGUGUCCUGCA